CCCCAUCAAACAGACCCUCUCUCCCCCCCCCCCUCCCCUGAGCUAACAAUCGAAUCUUAGGUUUGAAGCAAUGAUUCUACUGCAGUCCACGUCCCGAUUUCUCCUUCAAAUCUUGCAAGGUCGCGUCCAAAGUCCAGAGAAGGGGGUGGAUCUUGAUUGCCAUUCAGUCGAAUUUGGCGAUGUCCGCUAUCAUAUACAGGUCUCCAUGAAGAAACCUCAAGUGAUGGUGCUGUCAGCAUCGCUGCCUAUUCCACCACCGGAAGCCACUUUUCAUAGCGGUCUUCCAGUUGGCGCCAUCGAGGCUAUUAAGGCGGCGUAUGGGCCAAUCGUGCAAAUUCUCGAUCCUCCGAAAGAUGGAUAUAAUCUCACCAUGAAGCUCUAUUUGUCGAAACUUCCAUCAAAUGAAGAACAAAGGCAAGCACUUUUAGUGAAAAUUGCAUCUGUGAGAGAAGUUGUGUUAGGGGCUCCAUUACGAAUGGUCUUGAAGAAUCUUGCAUCGAAGACAGUUGCUCCUGAUGUUGAUCAACUUGUUGCUCUUGUGCAUCGGCCUAAGGAAUCUUUUUUUCUUGUUCCCCAGGCAGAAAAAGUCACCGUGGUGUAUCCUAUGAGGUUCCAGGAUUCGAUCGAUAUUGUUUUGGCAACGUCUUUCUUGCAGGAAUUUGUGGAAGCAAGGCGUACAGCUGCACUUAAUAAUGCCCCUCCUUGUAUGUGGUCCCCAUCACCUCCUCUUGAGUUGAAAGGAGCUCCUGCUGAAGCACUAACUGCAAAUGCUGGAUUUGUUACUUUCGUUAUUUUUCCCCGGCAUGUUGAAGGCAAAAAACUGGACAGAACUGUCUGGAGUUUGUUGACAUUUCAUGCAUAUGUCAGUUAUCACGUAAAGUGCUCAGAAGGUUUCAUGCACACCAGAAUGAGGCGUAGGGUGGAGUCAUUAAUUCAGGCUCUGGAUCGUGCAAAACCAGACACAGAAAAGUCGAAGAAGGUGGUGCAAGGGAAAUCCUUUAAACGACUGAGUCUAAGGGAAGCACGUGGCAGUUAAAAUUCACGUCAAGGUUAGGAAGCUAGAAGAAGUGUAAAUGGAACCCAUUUCUCUAUCGACUUUAAGAUCUGUUCUUCUCGGGAUGCCUCUUUGAACCAGCAGUUGGUGCACGGAUGCCUCUUAUCUUCUUCGUCUCACUAAACGCUUAGGAGAGUAGUUUGAGAAAACACAACAAUGUGAUUCAUUUGGAAAAUAACCAUCCCAACGGACGUUUGCCUGUCAAGCGAUGGUGGUGCGCAACCCAGGUACGUUUCACUUUGUGGAUCAUUUUGCCUUCCCAUGUAGCAAAAAAGGGGUUCUCCACCAUUACAACAAGAUCAGAACAGGUGAUCAUUUUGCCUUGUAGUUGCUGAGAUACCUUUCGAGGAAAACUGGCUUGUUGCCUUGCUGCGAAUUUGCUUCUUUUCUGCUCUUCUGGGUCUCCGUAUCCCCUGUAUGGCACGAUGGUGACCUUGGUUGUGACACUAAAACGUUCAUAAAUUAUUAGCAAGCUUUUAAUCUCCUUUCGUAUAAA